ACACUUUGAAAAUUUUACUAUUCAUUAACUACAUUUGACCAUGCAUUUUUUUGUUUCAGAUAAAAUCAACCGAUACCAUAUGAUCCGUUUCAAUGUAAUUUCAUAAUAUUAACUUCUUAAAAUUUUUACAAAUACACAAUUAAAGUUAUUAACUGUCAAAGUACUGCAUCAACAAGCAUGAAAGUUAAAGUGUAAUAUUUCUUUUUGUUAAGGAGGAAGUAUUAGACAUCUGCUCUUCUAAAAGUUAUUUCCUAUUCCAUUCUUUUUAUAGUUUAUUUUGAAUAUAUUUUCUUUUUGGGGGUAAAGUAUGUUCGGAAUUUCUAAGUCUAUAUAUUAGUCAUUAGGUACUCCUCUUUCAAAUUGUUUGAGAAGAGCAGAGUCAGCUCUAGAGGCAACAUUGCUUGUAAAAAUCCUCGUGGAAACUUUCUACUUUGAGACUUCAGUCUUCAUAAUUCUUCUUCAGUUAUUCAAACAAUGGAAGUGAAGAUUGUAAGCAAGAAGUUGAUAAAACCAAUAGUAGCAACUCCGGAUAGCCUCCGCAAGUAUAAAAUAUCAUGCAUGGAUGAGGUGAAUGCAACUAUGAACGUGGUUACCAUUCUUUACUACCCCUUCAAUCAAUUCUACACUUAUAAAGGUAUCAUCAAGACCUUAGAGACUUCAUUGUCUCGGAUUUUACCUCGCUUCUACCCCUUCGCGGGGAGAUACAUUAAGGAGCAUCACACUGUCGACUGCAACGACGCGGGAGCUGAGUUCAUGGAGGCUGAGGUCGACGCCUACGACCUCAAACAAGUCAUUACAAACUUGGAGCCUGAUUAUCUUAAUGAGCUUCUCCCCCUUGAAAUUGGUGCUGCUGAUGAGAUCACAGACCCUGUUUGUGCUGUCAAAGUCACCAAGUUUCGAUGCGGUGGGAUAGCCCUUGCUGCAUCCGUUUCGCAUCGAAUCGUAGACGCCUGCUCCAUGGGCAUCUUCGUGUCUGCGUGGGCGGAAGAAGCCACACUUCGGGAAGGUCAAUCGAGGACUAUUCACCCUGAUUUCUACUCCCCCUCGUACCUUCCUGGCAAGAAUUUUCCUCCUGAAGAUUUUGGAGUCAGGAGGACCAGAGAAGGUUCGACGGUUGUGUGCAAGAGGCUCAUAUUUGACGCGGCGGCCAUCGCUACCCUUAGGCAGAGGGUCAGCCACCUUUCCAGGUUAGUACAUGGCAACGUUGGUAGACAUGGCAGUAAAAGAACUAACAAAAACAGUGGUACUUUAUCUUAAGUCCGAAUUU